GACAGCAUUUGGUAAAUUGCGACCAUUUUGCUAUCUUGUCGUGCGUGUGUAGGAGUGGAGCUGAGAUUCAACGACGAAAUAUAAACGCCAAAAUAGACCUACGGCAAUGGACAGCAUUGUCAGUGAUGUUGCAGUUGGCAUGAAGAGAGGCUCAGAUGAUUUGAAUCUCUACAGCACCAGCCCAAGCUCUGUGACUGCUAACGAGAAUGACAGCAGUAAAAAACUGAGAGUGGAGGACAGGAUGGAGAGUCCCCCUUCCCGCGUGCUCCACAUCAGGAAGUUGCCCAGCGAGGUGUCAGAGACUGAGGUCAUCGCUCUUGGCCUACCAUUCGGCAAGGUCACCAACAUCCUCAUGCUGAAAGGCAAAAAUCAGGCUUUCCUGGAGCUGGGGACAGAGGAGGCGGCUGUUACAAUGGUGAACUACUACACGGCGGUGACGCCUCAGGUCCGCAACGUCCCAGUGUUCAUCCAGUUCUCUAACCACAAGGAGCUAAAGACAGACAGCACUCUCAACCAGCGCGCGCAGGCUGUCCUCCAGGCCGUGUCGGCGGUGCAGGACGGUGGCUCUCCCAACUCUGACACCAGUAUGCUGGACAGUGUUCUAGCCCAUGCCCCCAGCCCCGUGCUCAGGAUAAUCAUCGACAACAUGUUCUACCCCGUCACUCUGGACGUCCUCCAGCAGAUCUUCUCCAAGUUUGGAACGGUCAUGAAGAUCAUCACUUUCACCAAGAACAACCAGUUCCAGGCCCUGCUCCAGUUCAGCGAACCAGUCAACGCCCAGCAAGCCAGACUGUCCCUGGAUGGCCAGAACAUCUACAACUCGUGCUGCACGCUGCGGAUCGACUUCUCUAAGCUGGUCAACCUGAAUGUCAAGUACAACAACGACAAGAGCCGGGACUACACCCGGCCCGAGCUCCCCGCCGGCGACGGCCAGCCUGCAGUAGACUCUGCUAUGGCUGCCGCCCUCAACAAGGACUCCUCCCUGCUCGGUACCCCCUCUGGAAUGGGAGCGCCCUACUCUAAUGGUGGAGGGUUUCAGUCUUCUCUCUCCCUCUCGCAGGGCGGAGGAGCCAUGAGUCCAAUGAGUGCUGCGGCUGCAGCGGCAGCGGCUGCAGGGAGGAUGGCGCUCUCCGGACACUCCGGCUGCAGCGGUGUGCUCCUGGUCAGCAACCUGAACGAAGAGAUGGUUACGCCCCAAAGUCUGUUUACCCUCUUCGGGGUGUAUGGUGAUGCUCAGCGUGUGAAGAUCCUCUACAAUAAGAAGGACAGUGCUCUUAUCCAGAUGUCGGACGGGAACCAGGCCCAGCUUGCGAUGAGCCACCUGAAUGGCCAGAAGAUGUACGGGAAGAUCAUCCGUGUGACUCUUUCCAAGCACCAGGCAGUGCAGCUGCCCAGGGAAGGGCUGGAUGACCAGGGCCUAACCAAGGACUUCACCAACUCCCCCCUGCACCGCUUCAAGAAGCCCGGCUCCAAGAACUUUCAGAACAUCUUCCCUCCAUCCGCCACGCUCCACCUCUCCAACGUCCCUUUCGGACUCGACAGGGAGGAUGUGACGGAGGAGGAUUUGCGACUGCUGUUCUCUAACGCUGGUGGCAUUGUGAAGGCCUUCAAGUUUUUCCAAGGCCACAAAAUGGCGCUACUCCAGAUGUCCACGGUGGAGGAGGCCAUCCAGGCCUUGAUGGACCUCCACAACUACGACAUGGGCAGCAACCACCACCUGAAGGUCUCCUUCUCCAAGUCCACCAUCUAGAGGAGCCAUGCCACCACAAUCCACCUCCUCCCUGACAAACCUCAAUUUGUGGUGCUCACCUGUUCAGUCCCCUCGGGGAUACCAUCGUGACCCUCGCCUCCUAGGGGAAACUUUUCAAUCAGUCCAUUCCUUUUAGACUAUAUUGAUUAUCAAAAGCCCCCCCACUACUAGAUGUGACGGUAGUUUGUACAAUGUUGUUGUCGUGAAACAAGCCCCGUCUAGGUCCCUUAUCCCUCUCAACCUUAGUUUGUGUGGUAGGCAAGCUCCCUUCCCAUGUUCAUCACGAAGAGGAAUUGGAUUCCCUCCUUUAUUAGAAUGAAUCAGCAAAAAUGUGCCUUACUCAGCAAAAUAUCAUUGUUUUGCCUCCUUACGGUUCUACAAGUGAUAGAGGUCUAGGCACAUUGUUUGGUUGUGGUUUCCUUUUUGUUUUCCCUCCCUGUGUACAUUACGGGAUGUUCACCAGAUUUGAUAGCUUCGAUUUUGUGCUUUAUGUUCAUAAUGUAGGCCAGGAACCUGAUUAACGGACUUAGAUGAAGAAGCCCAUCUUCAAUUGGUUGACUUGUUUUUAAACAACUCCCCAGGCAGAGCCAUUUUUCCCUUGAGGAUGAUUACUGUAAAGGCUGUUGACACCAUUGUACACUUCACCUGCUAAGGACGACGGCUUAGAUGUUCCCUUGCUGUCUGUUUUUCAAACCUUAUUUGCAUAUACAUAAUUGUUCCUUUUGGUACAUUUUUGGUUUGAUUGAAAAUGGCAGUGAAUCGUGUUGCGCAUGUACUGAUGGUUCAUGGUAGUAGUGAAGACAUGUUGCUGUUGCAUGCGUCCAACAUCCAGAUAGGCAAUGUGGUCAUAACGAAGUAUGAUUGUACAUGAGGAUGGACUGACUGUUGGGACCAAAGUAAAUGUGCCUUUAGACCUACUUUACUAUUUGAUUUAUAACGUUUUCAUUUACAAAAACAAAUGUGGGUUGUGUUUUAAUGGGGGGGAACACUAAUCAAAGUCAAACACUCCCAGAAUGUUUCUCCUUGAUUUCAACAAUAUUCUGUGCGGUUUUUGGUAAAGGAUUUUACCCUUACACCACACCUCCAGUAAAAGCUACAAAAAAAAAAAAGGCAAAAAAAUGAGAUAUUGGAAUGUGUGGCAAAAGGUUAUGUAUAUUUUCUACAUGGAUUGAAUUUUUACAUCUCAAUUGUAAUAAUCAGUAUAGUUUGGAAAAGGCAAGAUUAAAAGCUAAUUUUCUACCGAGUGAGUCCGUUUGCUGGUUCCUGCUGUGUACCUACUCUGCUUUAACUCUGUAGCAUGCUCAAUAAACUCUCCUGUAUCUCUAUUCACCCUCUUCUGUCUCCUAUGCUCUCACUUUCUUUCUCCUCUACACCUCUCUUACUGUUCUGAAUUUCUCUGCCCAGGGUGGGAAAAUACAUAUAUUUUUGGAACAGGAUGGCAAACCAGAACAUGACAAAAUUGGAAAUAGUAAUUAAAUUUGAAUUUCCCACCCUGCUAUCCACUCUUGCUUUACUAAGAUCAUCUCUGACUCAACUGUCACUACGUUUUCUAACCCUCUACAUUUGCAGCUAUGAACUCCUGUCUCUCUUGUCUAAAUCUGAUAGGUGAAUACUGUAACGCAAUAUCCGUUAAAAUAGAAAUGUUAUAGAACUGAGCUGUUUCAGAUUAGAACAGCUUUAUCAUUCUGGACCAUACUCAACCAUACCUUCAAUGUCAAUCCGGAAGGGCAAGAAAAUGAUCUAGAACAGGGAUCAUCAACUAGAUUCUGCCAUGGGCAGCUUUAAAUGCUUCAUUAUUUUAAAGGAUCUUAUUUCAUCUAGCCUAAUAAACUACAUGCUUUCCCAUUGUCA